AAUUCCGAUGUUACAAAUUUGUACUGAAAUGCCUAAUUCUUCGGAUCGACCGGUUCAAUACAUAUUUUCAAGAAACAAUAGUCCAUCAAUUAAAACGAUGCAAAAGCCAAGAAGGGGGUCUGAUGCAAACCUCUGAUUGGUGUAUACGCCGAGAGAACUAUAGAUGGCCAAUCACAGCCAUUUCUACACAAGGAGAAAGAAAUCUAGAAAACCAGAGAAUGCAGGAUUUAAUUAAUUCAGGCCAAGCAGAUUACAGACAAUAUACGUCUGAUCUGCGCUAGGUAAUAAAAACUCGCCAUAAAAACGGUGUGAAUUCAGCUGCUGGUCUGAUGCAGAUUCAGGUCUGCAUGUCCCAGCAUUGUCAUCGCAACAGGAUGUCUGGGGACUUGGUGGGCGUUUGGGAAGUAGCAUUGAGCGAUGGUGUUCACAGGAUCGAAUUUGAGCAUGGGACCACUACGGGAAAACGCGUAAUUUACAUCGAUGGAAAGGAAGUGGUGAGGAGGGACUGGAUGUUCAAACUUGUGGGAAAAGAGACUUUCACGGUUGGCGGCACGGAAACCAAAGCAACGAUAAACAUCGAUGCAGUCAGUGGCUUUGCUUACGAGUACACCUUGGAGAUCAAUGGCAAGAGCCUCAAAAAAUACAUGGAGAACAGAGGCAAAGUCACCAGUACAUGGGUGCUGAACCUCGAUGGUGUCGACUGCAGGAUAGUCCUUGAGAAAGACACAAUGGACAUAUGGUGCAAUGGUCAAAAAAUGGAGACUGCGGGCGAGUUUGUGGAGGACGGCACGGAGACGCACUUCACCGUAGCCGACCACGACUGCUGCAUCAAGGCGGUGAGCAGCGGGAGGAAACGGGACGGACUGAUCCACACGCUGCUGGUGGACGGGGUGGAGGUGGCAGAGUCCACCGAGUGAAAACCAGGGGUCGCAAUGCGCAUUCCUCCCAAGAACAGGCCCGACUGCACUUUAAACAGCAGAAUUUUUUCGUUGUUUUUAAACGUAGUUCAUUUGUAAUUUUAUACACGCAAUACAGUAUGUGUAGAGAGAGGAACAGUCACUAUACCGGCCAUUUCCAUCAAUGGUUGGCAUUUAGUUGUUUAAAUAAAGCAAGUGUGGGAACCUCACCGCUGUUGACACUUGGAAGGCUCUGCUCCAAUUUGAGAACAGUUCCUUUGUUUUUUUGUUUUUUUUUCUCAAUAAUCUGCAUUUCAGAUGAAGUGCACUUUCUGCUGUUAUAUAGUGCUGUGAAUAGAUCCUAUCCAGUAUGACAGGCUUAUACUGGCACUGUAAACAAAGUGAAUUUCCUAGUGGAGUCACUGCAGGGAAGCCCGUCGCUCAAGGCCACAGCAGCAGUCUGUUGCAUAGGAUUGGACAUGAAAACUACCUGGUGCAGAGGCAGUUCAAUUGGACCACUACUUCAAAUCUGUAUUUUCUGUUUCUUGUUAUGCUUGUACAUUGGCACUAUGCGUACUAUACAAUCUACAGUCAUGAAAACACGCCUCAGGGCAAUGUUCUAUGAAACUUAUUCUGAUGUAUAGAAUUGUUCGCAUAUUAUCUCUUGAUCCUGAGACAGAUUUCUAUAUAAAAUACAUGUUAAUAAUAAAACAUCAGCAUCUGUGAUAAGUAAA